AUGCCACCGCCAGUGGAUGUUGAGAAUCCCGUCGAGGGACCUGGGGACUAUAACGUUACGGUUGAGGUACACAGCGACACAUAUCCAGCCAUCGACCCUACCAAACGAGACUUCCGAGGCAAAGUAAUUUUCAUUGCUGGUGGCUCCAGGGGCCUUGGUCGAGCCGCAGCACUAUCGUUUGCCAAAGCUGGAGCAUCCUAUAUCGCUGUCGGCGCUCGAUCUGACCUGACCCAGGUUGGCCUAGACAUCAAGGCCGCUGCUCUCUCUGCCGGCCGAAGUGAGCCGGAGUUCCUGCCCCUGUACCUUGAUGUGAGGGAGCAGAAGAGUGUAGAGGCGGCAGCGGCCAAGGUAGAAGAAGAGUUCGGAUUUUGCGAUGUGGUUAUCAACUAUGCCGGAGUUGCGAGCUUACCUGGAAAGAUUGCAGACACGGAUCCAACUGAGUGGUGGGAGAUCUUCCAGGUCAACCUCUUCGGAUCCUAUCUCAUCUCUCGAUCGUUUCUCCCGCUGCUUGCCAAGGGCGGAGAUGCACGAUAUCUCAUUCUGGUCAGCAGCGUCGCUGCCCACUUCACCCUCCCCGGCGCCAGUCCUUACCAGAUUGCCAAGUUGGCUGUGAUUCGGCUGGCUGAGUCGGUGCAUGCCGAGUAUGCUGAGCAGUGCAUCACCUGUAUCAGCAUUCACCCUGGGAAUGUCUUUACCGAUCUGGUCCGUGGGAUAUUUGACAAGAUGCCGACUGAGAUCAAGCAUGUAUUUACCGAAUCUCAUGAGCUCAGUGGCGAUGCCCUCACCUAUCUGACAUCGGAGGAACGUCUCUGGCUUGGUGGUCGAUACGUGAGCCUGGUCUGGGACAUGGAAGAGCUGAUCAGCAACGAAGAAGAUAUCGUCGAGAAGGAAAAGCUAUUCUUCCGCCUGGAGUACUAG